AUGAAGAUCUUCGACGAUAAAAACGUUUAUAAUUAUCCUUUUGCCGCUGUAUCCCUCGCUUACUUUCUUCGUUAUCCGAAUCGUUAUUCGCUCCAUGUUCUAGCAACUGACGUCAUCGAGCGAUUCAUCGACCCGAACACAAAUCGUCUCCACUCCACUCGACUCCACCUGAAGCAGACCAAAGUUCCUUCGAGUAUUCUCAAGCUGGUACCCAAAGGGAGGAAUGGGCCCGGCCACUUUACAGAAAGUUAUAUCUUGGAGACCAGCAUCGUGGACCCUACAGAAGGCUGGAUGAGAACUGAGUCUCGCAAUCUAGAAUGGACCGGCAUUCUGAGCGUCGUGGACAGACAAUACUACCAGCGUCUUCGAGCAAGCGAGAACGCUCAAGCUCAGAAUGAAAUACCUCUUGAUCUGAACAGCGAGCAAACAGUCGUCUAUACCAAUGUUACCCUGCACUCUAGUCUCGGGGAUGGCAGGUUUCUCAGUCAAAGGAAUUACACAGACAAGGAAGAAGAAACGUCCAAGAGAGGCUUCUUUUCCGCCUUAUCCCCUAUCGGCAUCCAGCGAGCUAUUGAAUUGAUCGGUAUCAAGCGGACUCGAGAUGCAGUCUCGAAAGGUGCACAGGGCAUGAACCUCGUCCUUGAGCGGCUGCGAAGCGGUGGAAUUAUAUGUGUAUUGGAAGGUAUCGAACAGGAUCGCAGGGCUGCCUUCUAA